GCUCGCUGGGCUCCGCUGGCCGGCGGCGGCGGCGGCGGCGGCGGCGGCGGUGGUGGCGGCUCUGGCGCGGCCUCAGCCCCUGCGCGGCUCCGCGGCUCGGUUGCCUUCCCAGUGUAUAGGAGCCAUGGAGCCCACCGCUGGUGACUUACAGCUUGUGCCUGGGACAGCAAAGGAAGUCCCAGCUCCCUACACCUCGUGCUGCCGCAUGGCCCUCUGCGUUGUUGUGGCCACCAGCAUCAUCAUGGUCACCCUGGGAGUCCUCAUGGCCUCCCUCUCUACACAGGGUGUCGACGUGGAACACACGGCGGAGCUGCAAGGGGUCCGCUACGCCCACAGCUUGCAGCACGAGGCCUCGGACUACUACCGCACCCUGACGCCCGCUCUGGAAUGGCUGUUUGUGAGCAGCUUUCGGGAGACCGAGUUGGAGGCCAGCUGUGUGGGCUGCACCGUGCUAAGUUACAGGGAUGGGAAUUCCAGCGUCUUCGUGCAUUUCCGGCUGCACUUCCUGCUGCCAGCCUCGCAGUCACUGAGUCUGGGCCUAGAGGAGGAGCUGCUGCGGCGGGGACUCCGAGCGAGGCUGCAGGGGCACGGUAUCCCCCUGGCUGCCCACGGCACCAUUGUGUCCGCCCAGCUCACAGGAAGCCAGAAAGCGCCAUGGACAGAAAGAGAUUUAAAAUCAGGUCACUGCCCAGGGAACACCUUUUCCUGCCGCAACGGCCAGUGUGUGACCAAAGUGAACCCGGAGUGUGACGACAGAGUGGACUGCUCCGACGGAUCUGAUGAGGCCCACUGUGACUGUGGUCUACAGCCCGGCUGGAAGACAGCCGGCCGGAUCGUGGGUGGCGUGGAAGCGUCCCCGGGAGAGUUCCCGUGGCAAGUCAGCCUUCGAGAAAACAAGGAACACUUCUGUGGGGCUGCUGUCAUCGGGGCCAGGUGGCUGGUGUCUGCGGCCCACUGCUUCAAUGGAUUCCAAGACCCGGCGGAGUGGGUGGCCUAUGCAGGCACGACCCACCUCAGUGGCGCAGAGGCCAGCACGGUGCGGGUGCGCGUGGCCCGCAUCACCCCGCACCCCCUGUACAACCCGGACACGGCCGACUUCGACGUGGCGGUGCUGGAGCUGGACGGCCCGCUGGCCUUCGGCAGGCACGUCCAGCCCGUGUGCCUGCCUGCCGCCACGCACGUCUUCCCGCCGCGGAGGAAGUGCCUCAUCUCCGGCUGGGGCUACCUCAAGGAGGACUUCCUGGUCAAGCCAGACAUGCUGCAGAAAGCCACAGUGGAGCUGCUGGACCAGGGCCUGUGUGCCAGCCUGUAUGGCCACUCGCUCACCGACAGGAUGCUCUGUGCCGGCUACCUGGACGGGAAGGUGGAUUCCUGCCAGGGCGACUCGGGAGGCCCCCUAGUCUGCGAGGAGCCCUCUGGCAGGUUCUUCCUGGCCGGCAUCGUGAGCUGGGGGAUAGGUUGUGCGGAAGCCCGACGCCCCGGCGUCUAUGCCCGAGUGACCAGGCUGCGUGACUGGAUCCUGGAGGCCAUCACCGCGGCAAGCCGGCCUCUGGCCCCCACGGCGGCUCCCGCCUCCACCACCGCCAGCACUGCCCGGCCCACCAGUCCUGAGAGCCCCACCAGGCCCACUCUGGGCCUCAGCGCCGCGCCUCCCGACUCGGUCACCGCCUCUAAGCCACAAGAGUGCGGGGCCAGGCCCGCCAUGGAGAAGCCCACUCGGAUCGUGGGCGGGCUGGGAGCCGUGUCCGGGGAAGUGCCCUGGCAGGUCAGCCUGAAGGAAGGUUCCCGGCACUUCUGUGGCGCCACCGUGGUGGGGGACCGCUGGCUGCUGUCGGCCGCCCACUGCUUCAACCACACGAAGGUGGAGCUGGUGCGGGCCCACCUGGGCACCGCGUCCCUCACGGGCGUCGGCGGAAACCCAGUGAAGAUGGGGCUCAAGCGGGCAGUGCUGCACCCCCAGUACAACCCCGGCAUCCUGGACUUCGAUGUGGCCGUGCUGGAGCUGGCCGGGCCCCUGGGUUUCAACAAGUACAUCCAGCCUGUCUGCCUGCCCCUGGCUAUCCAGAAGUUCCCUGUGGGCCGGAAGUGCAUGAUCUCCGGCUGGGGUAACACACAGGAGGGAAACGCCACCAAGCCUGACAUUCUGCAGAGAGCGUCUGUGGGCAUCAUAGACCAGAAGGCGUGCAGCGCACUCUACAACUCCUCCCUCACGGACAGGAUGCUCUGCGCCGGCUUCCUGGAGGGCAAAGUGGACUCCUGCCAGGGCGACUCCGGGGGACCCCUGGCCUGCGAGGAGGCCCCCGGUGUGUUUUACCUGGCGGGGAUUGUGAGCUGGGGGGUCGGCUGCGCUCAGGCCCGGAGACCUGGCGUGUACGCUCGAAUCACCAGGCUCAAGGGCUGGAUCCUGGACACCAUGUCCUCCGGCCUCCUCCCCACCGCGAGGACCCCCGCCACCAGGCAGUCCUCUGGGACGGCAGCUGCCUUCACAGUCCCGGGAGUCCCGGCCAGCACGGCCACCCCCUCGGCCACCAGCAGGGCGACCAGCCAGCCCGCCAACAUGACUGCAGCCACCGUAAGCGCCACUGCUGGGGGACAGACACCCCUCCCAGACGCCCCGAGGACCACCGUGGGCUUCCAGCCACCAGACUGUGGCCUGGCACCGGUGGCGGCGAUGACCAGGAUCGUGGGCGGCAGCGCCGCGGCCCGCGGGGAGUGGCCGUGGCAGGUGAGCCUGUGGCUGCGGCGCCGGGAGCACCGCUGCGGGGCCGUCCUGGUGGCCGAGAGGUGGCUGCUGUCGGCGGCGCACUGCUUCGAUGUCUACGGGGACCCCAAGCAGUGGGCGGCCUUCCUGGGCACGCCGUUCCUGAGCGGCGCCGAGGGGCAGCUGGAGCGGGUGGCGCGCAUCUACAAACACCCCUUCUACAACCUCUACACGCUCGACUACGACGUGGCGCUGCUCGAGCUGGCGGGGCCCGUGCGCCGCGGCCGCCUGGUGCGGCCCAUCUGCCUGCCCGAGCCCACGCCGCGGCCCCCCGACGGCGCGCGCUGCGUCAUCACCGGCUGGGGCUCGGUGCGCGAGGGAGGCUCGAUGGCGCGGCAGCUGCAGAAGGCGGCCGUGCGCCUCCUCAGCGAGCAGACGUGCCGCCGCUUCUACCCGGUGCAGAUCAGCAGUCGCAUGCUGUGCGCCGGCUUCCCGCAGGGCGGCGUGGACAGCUGUUCGGGCGACGCCGGGGGACCCCUGGCCUGCAGGGAGCCCUCUGGCCGGUGGGUGCUAACUGGGGUCACCAGCUGGGGGUACGGCUGCGGGCGGCCCCACUUCCCAGGGGUCUAUACUCGGGUGGCUGCCGUCAGAGGCUGGAUCGGGCAGAACAUCCAGGAGUGACCGCCAGCACGUGGCUGCACACCCCGGGGACGAGAGGUGACGGCGCCAGGAACCGGCUGGCCCCUCUGUCCGAGGAGGAGAGUCUAGGUGGUGGGCGGGCGGGGGGCUAGGGGGCUGCGGGUAACCGGGUGCACGUUUGCUGCUUAUUUGGAUCCAAUAAACAGCCCCUUGUCCCUA